AAUCACGUUUGCCUAAUAUCGUUUUAUACUCAACAAGGACUGACUCUUGCGCAAGCAUUCUACAUUAGCCAAGGAACCUGAAGGCGUGACUUUGAUACGUGGUGACACACUUAUAUAAAUUAGUGACAAGCCAACAUGCCACCAAAAGUAGUGGAGGAGCCCCCGCCGGAGCAGACCCCACCGCUGGAGUUGGAAGGCACGGGGAAGUUCUACUACCCCUCCGGCGCCAUUUACGAGGGGCAAUGGAAGCUCCUGAACCCGCCUCUGCCGCCUCCUGUUGAGGACCCUAAAGACAAGAAGAAGAAGCCGGCAAAGGACGAACCGCCGCCGCCACCGCCGGAGCCGCCGAAGCGCGUGCGGCACGGGAAAGGCGUGUACCGGGAGGGCGACUACGUAUACGAUGGCGAGUGGUUCGAGGAUGCCAUGCAGGGUGUGGGCACCUUCACCUACGCUAGCGGCGCCAGCUACAGCGGCGAGUGGCUGGCCAACAAGUACCAGGGCAAGGGCACCUACGCCUGGCCGGACGGGCGGCGCUACGAGGGGCAGUGGGAGGAGAACCGCAUGCAUGGCCUAGGCGUGUACAGGGAUGCGCGCGGGCACAAGUGGGAGGGGCAGUUCUUCAACGGCUCAGGGCCAGGGCUGACGUGCCAGCUGUAGGGAUCAGCGGCAGCAAGGAUGUCAGAGUUGGGGAGGGGUGCGGGGGAAGAGAUGGGGGGUUAGGGGAGGACGCGGUGGCGGAGGACAAGAUGUGAGAGGACGGCCGGACGCCCGGCUUUGAGCGCAGAGCUUGGAUGGAGUAGGACUAUUACUUGGAGUGGGGCAUUCACUGUGCGUUGUGUGGGGAUGUUUUAAGAUGCGUUAUCGGUGGUGAUGGAGACAAACGCGGGAAGCACGGCGGGAAGCGAGGGAGCGGGCGGGUUCAGCGGUGGGCGGCACAUGCUGAGGGAGACACGCCCGUCCAGAGGCAUGCAUCCGAGUUGUAGCUAUAGGCUCAUACGUUUUUUAACAUACAUAUGGAAUAGACUACCGCCUAUUGGUCACGACCUGCUC